CCUCAAUUGUUCAUGAGAAGGUUUUGUUUGUUUGCUGGUUGCAGAUCCACUCUUGAAAACCAAGUUCACGUCGCAUGCAGCAUGCACGUAUCAACUGUUGCGUUAUCACCCCAGUAAACAAAUCACAUUUUAUCGACAGAUUGGUCCAGAACGGAAAUACUCCAUUGUUUUUAUCACAACAACCAUGUCAGCAAUGCCCCAGAUGUCACAAUCAGGCUUUCAGAAUGAUCAGUUGGAGGCAGGUAAUCGGGAGGAUGUUAGGAAUGAGGCUCAAGAGAAGCCUUUGUCGUCUACUGGAACAAUGGUCGACGAGCCUCAAUCGAAUCCCAAUGUUGUUGAUUGGGAUGGACCGAAUGAUCCUGAACACCCUCUCAAUUGGUCAAAGGCCCAGAAGAAUUUACAUUUGGCCAUCGUGAGUCUGUUCACACUCGCAGCAAAUCUGGCUGCGACAAUGUUUGCUCCAGGAGCUGCAGAACUAGCCGAUGAAUUCAACAUCACCAACUCCACAGUCACAGCCAUGACAGUCAGUCUAUACGUCUUGGGCUUCGCACUUGGUCCUCUUCUCCUUGCGCCUCUGUCAGAAUUAUAUGGACGUCUCAUUGUCUAUUACUUUUGCAACUUGGUAUACAUCGCCUUCACAUUCGGCUGUGCUUUCAGCACCAACGUUGCUAUGUUCCUCGUCUUUCGAAUCAUUGCUGGGUGCGCUGCCUCGGGUCCCAUGAGUAUUGGUGGAGGUACCGUCGCAGACCUGUUUAUCCAGGAGGAGCGAGGAAAGGCUAUGGCUCUUUUCACUGUUGGGCCGCUUCUUGGACCUGUCAUUGGCCCCAUUAUCGGAGGAUUCGUUUCUGAGAACGUUGGAUGGCGAUGGACAUUCCGCAUUCUCCUCAUUUUGUCUGGCGUUAUCGCUAUUGUAACCUUUGCUCUCAUGAAGGAGACAAACUACACAGUCAUUUUGCAAAAGAAGGCCCUUAAAAUGCGCAAACAAACUGGAAACGAGAAACUUGUCCCAAAGUUGAGUAGAAAUGAGACUCCAAGACAAAUGCUGGCGCGUGCUAUCGUCCGACCACUGAAGCUGCUCAUAUUCUCACCGAUUGUCCUGUUGGUGUCGCUCUACACUGGUAUCCUUUUUGGUUUGAUCUUCCUCCUUUUCACGACCUUCCCCUCUGUAUUCCAGGAUGUCUACGGCUUUAAUCCCGGUGUCGCCGGAUUGGCCUACCUUGGUCUUGGAAUCGGUAUGAGUCUAGGUCUGGUCAUGUUCUCUGUUCUUAGCGACAAGCUUCUUGGUCGAAAGAAGGGCAACGAACAUGCCGCCCCUAGACCAGAGGACCGUCUUCUUCUCAUGAAAUGGCUGGGCCCUAUUACUCCCCUUGGUCUUUUCAUCUAUGGCUGGACAGCAGAGAAUGGCGUUCACUGGAUCGUACCUAUUAUCGGUACCUUUGUUGUUGGCUUCGGUUCCCUCUUCGUGGUCAUCCCUGGUCAGAUUUACCUGGUUGAUGCCUUCGGAGCCGAGGCAGCUGCUUCUGCUUUGGCGGCCAACAUGCUGGUCCGUUCACCAUUCGGAGCGUUCCUUGAUCUUACAGCCGAGCCUCUCUACUCGACGCUUGGACUAGGUUGGGGUAACAGCGUGCUUGGUUUUAUCUGCCUUGCUUUUACUCCUGUUCCGUGGAUCUUCUACACUUAUGGCGAGAGACUCCGGACUCACUUCCAGGUUGAUCUGUAACCUCAAGCGCCGUUUUCUUGUUUAACUCAACAUGAUAGAGGUAUAUCUUGGACUUG